CUCCAGCCAUUUUAGACGAGGGAAGAUUAGGCAGCAACGAAACCAGUCGGCUGCGCGUCCGCGGGGCUCGUUUAUUUAUUUUUUUUUCCAAUCUAGGUCACUCCUUGUCCAGAACGUAAAGACACUGGACGAGGAGGCAAAACGAGGCAACUCAAAGUCUCCGUUAAAAAGAGGAAGGUGCCGAAAAUGGCUGUCGACAGACGAGACGACAAAGAUGGGGAGCUUAAUGUUCUAGAAGACAUAUUGACUGAUGCCCCAGACCAAGAUGAUGAGCUGUACAACCCGGAAAGUGAGCACGACGUUAGUGAAAAGAAAGGGUCCAAAAGGAAAAACGAACGUGGGGACAGCCAUGAUGUGAAGCGGCUCAGGUCUACGGCCCAUUCGACAAGGCAGCCAGUUAAAAGGUCAGCCCCUUCCACAGGAGCCAGCGGAAAAAAGGUGACCAGUCUGAGAGGAAGACACCCACCUGAUGACUUCUAUGAUGACCGGAAGAACCAUUCUGGAAGAGGGGGAGCAUCCAGGGCUGACCUGUCUAAAGGGCACAAUGAGAAACCUCUGAAUCGCAGCAGAGACCAGCAGAGGAGGAUCAAACCACUAAUGCCAGAGCUGAAUGAGAAGCUGCGGAGGACCAGUGAGGGUAGCGUAGGCAGGGCCAGUCACUCCUCCAAAGAAGAGGAAGAGGAAGCCCGAUCAGAGGAGUAUGCCUCCGAUCAGGAAACUGGCAGCUCUGUGGGCUCCUCUGAGGGUAACCGCUCUGAUGUUGAGGAAGAAGACGUGAUGGAGGAGGAAGAGGAAGGAGAGAAAGAUGAAGAGGAGGAAGAAGAGGAGGAGGAGGAAGUAGAAGAAGAGGAAGUGGAGGAGGAGGAGGAAUAUGAGCUGGAGGAAGGCGACCAGCGGGAAGUGAAUGAACAAAAUGACUAUGACACACGCAGCGAAGCCAGUGACUCGCAGUCCGAGUCAGUCUCUUUCUCAGAUGGAGAGUCUGUACAUUCCGCCUCGGGCACCGACGCCUCGGAUGAGGAAAGAAAAGAGAAGAAGCACGCUAGAGGGAUAUCACCAAUCGUUUUUGAUAGAAGUGGAAGCUCAGCUUCAGAAUCAUACACAGGGUCUGAAAAGAAGCAUGAAAAACUGCCCUCCUCAGUCCGUGCUGUGAGGAAAGAUCAAACCAGCAAGCUGAAGUACAUCCUGAGAGAGGCCAGAUUCUUUCUGAUAAAGAGCAACAACCAUGAGAAUGUUUCUCUAGCUAAAGCAAAGGGAGUGUGGUCUACCCUGCCAGUGAAUGAGAGGAAGCUGAACGCAGCGUUUCGCUCCGCAAGAAGCGUCAUCCUCAUCUUCUCUGUAAGGGAGAGCGGCAAGUUUCAAGGUUUUGCUAGGCUUUCAUCCGAGUCUCAUCACGGAGGUUCUCCCAUCCACUGGGUGCUGCCUGCAGGCAUGAAUGCCAAGAUGCUUGGAGGAGUCUUCAAAAUCGACUGGAUCUGCAGGCGGGAGUUGCCAUUCACAAAAACAGCACACCUUUCCAACCCCUGGAAUGAGCACAAGCCUGUGAAGAUUGGACGUGACGGACAGGAGAUUGAGCCAGAAUGUGGGAUGCAGCUCUGCAUGCUCUUUCCUCCAGACGAGAGCAUUGACUUGUAUCAAGUUAUUCACAAAAUGCGGCACAAGAGGAGGAUGCACUCGGAGCCUCGCUCCCGGGGCCGCCCCCCGCACAGAGAGCCCGCCCCCCGAGACCUGGGAAGGCGUCGCCCAGAGGAAUAUGACAUGCACAACAGGAAACGGCCCAGGAUUGACUAUCCUCCCGAGUUCCCCCAGAGACCAGGUUUCAUACAGGACCCUCGCAACCCACCUGUGGACAGGCGCUUCUCUGGCGUGAGGCGAGAUGUCUUCCUCAAUGGGUCUUAUAAUGAUUACAUGCGAGAAUUUCAUCACAACAUUGGGCCUCCUCCACCAUGGCAAGGGAUGGCACCAUACCCCAGCAUGGAGCAACCUCCACACCACCAGUAUUACCAGCACCACCCUCCACCACCCCAGACACACCCUCCCUACUCUGGCCAUCAUCCCAUGCCCCACGAUGCUCGUUUCAGGGAGAAGAGGGUUGUUCGCUCGUUCUCUUCUAGCUUGCAUGAUUACGACAUGCGUGUGGAUGACUUCCUGAGGCGCACUCAGGCGGUGGUGAGCGGGCGCAGGAGCCGCCCGAGAGAACGCGAGAGGCAGCGAGAACGUGACCGGCCUCGGGACGCCCGGAGAGACCGAGAAAGAGAGCGCGGUCGAGAGAGGGACCGGGAGAGGGACCGCAUCAGAGACCGUGAGAGGGAGAAGGAGAGGGGCCGCUACCGCAGAUAGAACACCAUCUUUUUUCGUUCGUUCCCUUUUGUUUUUUUUCCCCCCACCAUUUAUGGGACACAGAUAGAGCCUAGCUGUUGUCUAAAUUACUCUGACUACUCUGUCACUAUGGAUGCUCCGUUGAGAAUCCUUAGUCCUGGAACUAGGCCUAAUUUGUGUCCAGACAACACAGCCCUUCUGGGGUUUUUUUGUAGAUAAUGUGAUAGGUCGUCUUUCUGUUGUAUAAAGCUGAACUGUACUUCAAAAAGCUAAACUGUUCUUUUCAAAGUGUUCUUUUAAAAUAUGUAUAUUAUUUUACUGGCUCUAAUGGUUGUUUGUAUCAUGCAUGCAGUGUUUUCUACUGUGUCAACCAAAAAACAAGACUUUUCCUAUUUCUUUUUAUUCAUUAAACUUCUGGAGGCAAAGCUGCAUCAGUGUGGCUUGCCAUACUGGGAGGGAGAUGUUAGGAUUUCUUUUUCUUUUCCGUUUUAGGACAAAUCUACCCGUUCCCUGCCUUCACUGUUAAUCAGCGCUAUAAAAAGGAAGGUUUGAGGCCGUGCACGUGCUAGUGUCUGUGAUAUGUUAUUGUACCUAGCUACUUAAAGGACUGUUAAACAGUACAGCUGAGCACAGCAGUUGUAUCAGUACUUUUUAUCUGGCUUAAUGUUCCAAAUAUUAAGUUUGGGGUUUAAAAAAAGCAAUAUCACUUUUUUUUUCUGUCAGUGCUAAAAGGGGAAAUGUAAUGAAGGUCAGUAAAGCAACCUGCUGAGAGAUUUUUUGCUUGGAAGAGUUGUAUCUUUUACUGAUUGAUACAUUUUGUAUUAAAAAAAGAGAGAAUGAA